AGGAAAACAAAAAAAACGAUGACGUGCUGUGAAACAUCAUCGCAGCACUGUUCAGCGACUGUGCAACGUGCUGCAAUGAUGCACGAUAUCGUUGAACUAAAUCAAAGGGGAGCGGCUGCACGCAGUCGUGUUCUCAGUGCUUCUCAUCAAGGCGGCGUCUUCCUAUCGGAUGAGAGCUCCACCUUACAGUUCCAGGAGGUGAUCUCAACAGUCGCGGGAAGAGAUGAUGCAGCGGACGUUGUGUGUGAUCGAGCACGAUAUCCGCGAUUGGAUGAUCUCCGAGAUGACAAGUUGACCAUCCUACUCGUUGGUUCUCCGUCGUCCCGGGUUCCGCUUGUGCAAAAGAGCUUGCCACUGUUAUGUCCCAUCGAUGUUGUGGAUGCCAUCAUCGUUACAUGGGGCAACGAGAAUGCUAGUAGUUUCUCCGAGCUUGAAGCAAGCGUCAAGAGCCAUGGCGAUCGCGAUGGCGAUGGCUAUGGCGGUUGCGCCGGGAUCCGUGUUGUACGAAUUCCCGGCAGUGUGACAUCCCGCUUCCUUCCUCGCACAAUUAUCAGCACUGCCGUCGUUGCCGUCGCUGGGGAUGAUGUGCUGCCUGACCCCGGCAGUUUAGAGUUUGCGCUGAAGGUGUGGCGUAACAAUCGUGACCGGAUUGUCGGUUUUUUUCCCAGUUCCCAUCAGUACAACACAGAGAAUGGGACUUGGGAAUACCUCUAUUCACCUACUCGAUACUCCAUGAUUUCAAGCAGGUUCAUGCUGCUCUCGACUGAGUAUUUGUUCGACUACACGUGUCGAAAUGCUCCGGGAGUAAGGGAGUAUGUCACGAGGGAGGCGGGGUGUGCCGACGUUGCCAUGAACUUUCUGGUGGCCAAUAACAGUCGGUCGGCGCCUGUCCUUGUCGGGGGAGAGUGGGUAGAUCGGGAUCGGGGAGCGCGGGAAAGGCGGAGCGAAGAUGGCGGGAAUGACAACAGGGAGAAGUUGGAUCAUCGCGCAGCGCGGGCGAGUGGUCGCGGUGCGUGCCUCGACGAGAUCGCUCGGCUUUGGGGUUACAUGCCGCUCCGAUACAGCUACGCGACAGCUGUGCCGCAGGUCGACAACGAGACUGUUGGCGAGAGGUUUGGGUCGCUGGUCAGCGGUGCGAAGGCUGGGGGGAGCUCGUAUCAGCAAGCUCCACCUUCCGUGGGACAGCAUGCGAUUGUUAAGCGGCCGCGCUACGCCUACGUAACAUUACUCAACACUCCGAGUCUAGUUUCGCAAGCACUCGUGCUUGCCCAGUGCCUACGAAGCACUGGCUCUCCUCAUCAUCUCGUCAUUAUGCUAGUCGAAGGUUGGGAGAAGAGUGGUGGGAAAUGGAUGGCGGUUGGAGGGCAGGCAGAGAGAGGUAGCGGAAAGAGCGGCGGCAAAGACGAGAAGGAAAUGCGGGAGCUACUGCAGGCACAUUUCGAUGAAGUUCGGGAGGUAAAGAGUGUCAAUCCUUCGGGUCAUGCAGGUUUCAGCAAGAUAAAUGCCUGGCUAUUGACAGAGUAUACCAAGGUAGUGUUUAUAGACAUUGAUAUUCUGGUGCUAGAUAACUUAGACGAUCUGUUCGAGCGGCCAGAACCAGCGGCUGGACCGAAUAGCUUCGACGCACAUCUAUUCAACAGCGGGUUGAUGGUAAUCCAACCAUCCAAUGCCACGUACGAGUCCAUGGUGUCGGCAAUACCAAGGAUGUCAUCGUAUGACGGAGCGGAUCAGGGGUUCUUCAACUCCUACUUCAGUGGAUGGUUUCAAAUGGCUAGCGACCAUCGGCUGCCUUUCCGACUCAAUCCCAUGAUUCAUUUUGCAGAUCAUUACCAUCCACCUCUCUGGUUCAAUACUAAUCGCGCAGACGAAUUCCUGCAUUUGCCCAGAGUUGUAGCAGGUGCAAAGGGAGGAGGAGGAGGAGGAGGAGGAGGAGGAGGAGACAUGUCGGAAGGAGCGGCAAACCGGGAGGCAAACGAGCUACUCGAACAGGCUCCAAUCCGUAACGUUCACUUCACAGGUGGAUGGUCUAAACCCUGGCAAUCGGACGAAAAGCCUCGUGGCACCGUGUGGUGCAAGGCGUGGAAGGCGGUGGCUGCCAGGUUGGCAAGCAACAGUUGGCGCCCUGUUGAACCUCCCGAGUCCCUCGCGCCUGCGCAGUUCCUUCCCCAUCGAAACUGGUACCGAGUCUAUCGCCGGCUACAAGAAUCCUCCGUUGAGAACGGCCUCAAACCCUUGUACGAUUCUAUCCGCUCGCCGGUCGGUGGUCAGUCGAUUCCACCUCGUCCUCCUUCUCCUCCUUCUCUCCCUCCUCCUCUCCCUCCUCCUCUCCCUCCUCCUUCUCCUUCUCUCCCUCCUCCUCUCCCUCCUCCUCCUCCUCCUCCUCCUCCUUUGUUCACGAAGUUGCCUCGGAAGCAGCAUGUGCCAGUCGAGGGCAAACUUCCAAACUGGUCGGACCGAGAUAAGGAGGUGGUGGCGACUCUGGUGAGUGAGACGACGAUGCUAGCGGCAGCAGUGUGGGCACAGUCGUACAGACGACAGCAUAAGGGCAGCAGUUCGAGACCCAUAAUGCUAGUAGUUCCCUCGACGGCCGAACGGGCCCUGUGGGCCCCCUUGGCAGCUUUCUUCGACUUCGUAAGGGUCGUAAGUCCUCUGAAGGCCAAGGACGGAAACGGAGCGGUGUUUGCUCUGGGACAGGAGUACAACGUGCUUCAUCUUUGGAACCUGACAAGAUGGUCCAGGGUCGUCUAUGUCCACCCCAUGUCCCUGUUCGUUGAGAACGUGAACAGUCUUUUCGACUAUCUACCCUUUGCUGCGACUCCAGCUAGUUUCCCUCCUGAUCAGUUCUCCUCUCGAGUUAUGGUUCUUCAGCCCUGCAAGGGAGCUUUCGAAGAUCUUCUGGAGAAGGCCACGUACUUGCCCAACGUUCGCGGACCAAAUGCUGAGGGAUUCCUUAACGAGUAUUUCUUCGACUGGUACUACAGGUCAUCUCGGCACCGCAUCUGGCCGUCCUUCAACGUUGACACGUGGUUCAAGCCGUGGUCACUGCAUUACUUGCGACCCCACAAGAUCUUGACAUUCCGUAAGGAUAUGCAGCUUUGCCAGCCUGCCGACAAGAGACUCGCCGAUGACCAAAGGCAAGCGUUACGGCUAUGGCAGCAACAACUUUGCAGUUUGGACCCUGAACUCUUUACUCUCGCACAGAGUUGCAGAAAUGUGUGCUCAACCGUGAUAGCAAGCGGAGCAGCGAUCGGGCGAUAGCUAUUCUUUAGAAGACUUUCAGGACGACAGAGAAAAGCUUAGUGCUAAGCGC